AUGGGCGGCAAGCAGAGCGCGGCGGCGGCGGCGGCGGCAGGGGGCCGCUCGCGGGGCGGCGGCGGCGUGUCGAGCGACGACAGCGCGGUGCCGCCGCCCGGAGGGGCCUCCCACUUCGGGCAGUACCGGGGCGGCGGCGGGGCGGCCAUGGGGCUGCGCAGCCGCUCCGUCAGCUCCGUGGCCGGCGUGGGCGUGGGGCUGGGCGGGGGGGAGCCGGCGGCGCCCGGCAGCGUCCCCUUCGGCCUCUACACGGCGGCGUCGGCGGCCGCCACCGCCGCGGCGGGGGACUCGGAGCGAGGGGGCCCUGGCGGCGGCGCGGACUCCGCCCCUUUCGCCCAUGGCAACGGUUACCAGGAGACGGGAGGCGGUCACCACAGAGACGGGAUGCUCUACCUGGGCUCCAGGGCCUCGCUGGCCGACGCGCUGCCUUUGCACCUGGGACCCCGGUGGUUCAGCUCGCACAGCGGUUUCAAGUGUCCCAUUUGCUCCAAAUCCGUGGCUUCCGAUGAAACGGAAAUGCACUUUAUCAUGUGUCUGAGCAAGCCUCGCCUCUCCUACAACGAUGACGUGCUAACAAAGGAUGCAGGCGAGUGUGUAAUCUGCCUGGAAGAACUCCUACAGGGGGACACGAUAGCCCGGCUUCCCUGCCUGUGCAUUUACCACAAGAGCUGUAUAGAUUCCUGGUUUGAAGUGAACAGAUCAUGCCCUGAGCACCCUUCAGAUUGACCCGAGCAAUGCUUGCAGAUCUCUCCCCAGGUAAUUCCCUACAUUUGCCCCUUCCUCUCCACCCCCUCCUCCAAAGCAGCUCUGGAACCCUGCGGGACAACAAGUGUGUGGGGGGAGGUUUUGUGUUACUUCUCGACUUAAAAA